AUGGGCUCCUACGAAGAUGCCAAAGCUGCUGCAGAUUACAUCAAGUCGAAGGUGUCACUGACACCACAAAUUGGCAUCAUCUGUGGUUCUGGACUGGGCAAGCUGGCCGAAAUUGUCUCCGAACCGGUCAUCGUCAAGUACUCCGAGAUCAACCACUUCCCCAUCAGCACCGUCGUGGGACAUGCUGGCAAUCUCGUAUUCGGUAAACUCGAUGGCAAAAGUGUCGUUGUCAUGCAGGGUCGAUUCCACCUCUUCGAAGGCUACACAUUGGGUCAGGUCACUCUUCCCGUGAGAGUGAUGAAACUGCUCGGUGUGGAAACCCUCAUUGUCACCAAUGCAGCAGGUGGCUUGAAUCCCAAUUACAAUGCAGGUGACUUGAUGAUCAUCAAGGACCACAUCAACAUGCUCGGAAUGACAGGAUUGAAUCCUCUGGUUGGACCCAAUGAUGACAGAUUUGGAACGCGAUUUCCAGAUAUGACCAACCUCUACACAAAGGAGUUGCGUGAACUGGCCAAGAGGGUGGGCAAGGAAAUGCACAUUGAGGAUAUCUUGCGUGAGGGUGUCUACCUGGCAAAGAUGGGACCCACUUACCCAACCACUUCAGAGUCACGAUUCGCCAGACUAAUCGGUGCUGACGCUGCUGGAAUGAGUACUGCGUUCGAGACCACUGCCGCAAAACACGCAGGCAUGAAGGUCUUCGCCUUAUCGCUCCUCACCGACAAGGCUGGACUUGACGAAAGCACUGAGGUUCCCUGCACCCAUGAGGAGGUCCUUCAUUCUGCUGCCAUGCGUGCCGAUGUGAUAAAGACGUUUGUAGUGAAAAUGAUCGAGAGGAUGUAA